AUGGAAAAACCGAUAGAAGCAUAUACCGAAUCAACACCUCUCAUAAAUCAAAAACUGGGCACAAAAGAGGCUUUUUACACUUUCUUAAGAAGCUUCAGAGAGCUUGCACAGUCCCCGAGAGAUAUUUGAUUAUUAUAUAUAUAUGAACUAUUUGCCUAUGGAGCUUUAUGCAUGAUUGUCGUUAGUCUAUCUCUUUAUUUUACAAAAAUUUUAGGCUUCAGCGACAUUGUGGCAGGAUAUAUAAUUGCAAGUUUUGGACUCUCAGGAGUAAUUUCAUCACUUUGUCUUGGCCAAUUUAUUGAUCGGUAUGGGAUAAAAUGAUCUUUACUUUUAUCAAAUCUUUUAGGUUUUAUGAUGUUCAUUUUACUCUUCAUUUCAAAUAACACUGUUGUAGAAAUCCUUGUUUUAUUUAUUUUUUGCUCAACUUCCUUUGCAUUAAAUAUACCCACUGUAAAAUUAGCUGUAAAGUACUAUACCUUAACUACGACCAGAAGCUUAGGAUAUUCAUUUUUAUUUAUUUCGUUCUUUGCUGGAUCAGGGCUGGCAGGAAUUAUUGUAGACUUCAUUUUGACCUUAUUUGGGACUGAAAAAGCGACUUUUAAAAUUAUCUUUAUUAUAGGAGCAUGCAUCUUUGUAAUUGCAACGACAAUAGGUCUCAGGUUAAGGCAGCUGGACUAUGAAGACUCUGGAGAAAAUGAAGUCGACUUAAGCCAAAGGAAUCUGGAUGGCUGGAAACAUACUAAAGAGUGUAUGGUUCUAAAGAGCUUUUGAAGAUUUUUCGUCUUAGCCCUUCUUUUAGUAAUCAUAAAAGCCGUGUACAUGUAUAUUUUCAUUGUGCUGCCAAUUUAUAUGUACAGAGAAAUCGGAGAAGGUGCUCACUUUGGGUAUAUAUUGGCAAUUAAUAAGCUGAUAAUGAUUAUUUCAAUACCAUCAUGCACAAUUUUGGUAUAUUAUUUUAGCCAUUACACAUUGCUAGCGAUUGGAGGCUUUAUCUCAUCUUUAUCUUUUAUACCGCUUCUCUUUGGUGGAAGCUACCUAACAGUGAUAGCGUUUAUUGUGAUUGUUUCGAUUGGAGAGAGUAUUUAUUCCCCAAGAUUAAUAGACUAUACAUUGCAGAUAACUCCAAAAGGCAGAGAAGGAGUUUUUUUAGCAGUUGCUGCAUCGCCAAUAGUAUUGAGCGUUAUACUUGCAGGCCUGAUGUCUGGGUUUUUGCUUGAUACGUAUUGCCCGGAAAAUGGUGAUAGAGAGUGCUGGAAAAUGUGGUCGAUUUCAGGAUUUAUGACGAUUUUGGUUCCCUUUUUUAUGAUAAUCUUCCGAAGUUGCCUUGAACAACCUGAAAAUGAAGAAGACCCUUAUAUGCCUUGCAUGGGAUCAACAGAAAUGAAUUCAGAUGAUGAAAUUAAUUAA